AUGGGUUUAUUAACAGUUUUAAAAAAAUUAAAACAAAAAGAAAAGGAAUUAAGAAUUUUAAUGCUUGGUUUAGAUAAUGCUGGUAAAACAACUAUAUUAAAAAAAUUUAAUGGGGAGGAUAUUUCAACUAUUAGUCCAACAUUAGGUUUCAAUAUUCAAACUUUAAUGUAUAAAGAAUAUAAAUUAAAUAUUUGGGAUAUAGGUGGUCAAAAGACUCUUAGAUCUUAUUGGAGAAAUUAUUAUGAAGAGAAUGAUGCAGUAAUUUGGGUUAUUGAUAGUUCUGAUAUAAGAAGAAUUGAUGAUUGUAAAUUUGAAUUAAAAAAAUUAUUAGAAGAAGAGAAAUUUGCAGGUGCAUCAUUUUUAGUUUUUGCAAAUAAACAAGAUUUAGAUGGUGCAAUGACAUCAGAAGAGAUUUCAAAAUAUUUAGAUUUAGAACAAUUAAAUACUCAUCAUUGGGAGAUCAUGAGUUGUAGUGCUGUUACAGGUUUAGGUUUAGAAGAAGGUAUAGAUUGGGUUGUAAAAGAUAUCGUAUCACGUUGUUUUGUUUUAGAUUAA